UAACACCACUAAGUUGAUGUAUUUUAUUAUAUACUGUACUUUAUAAAAGCAGAAAAAGUGGCGCAAUUAAUUGGGAACAAUUCCAGGUAAACAAUAACUGAUAAUAAAAAAAAAGAAAACGCGUUGCAAAAGUCAGAAAGGGAGAUCCCGUUCCGUUACGCAGCAAUGUACUUUACAGAGGGGAGAUCUCCUUAUUCGGUUGGCUAAGUGUUCAGUUACCCUUCUUUAUCAAUUCUGUCAGCUAUUUUAUAUUUUCUCAUUUUUACUAAAAAUAUCUGCAAUAUUUGAAAACUAUUACUCCUUCAACUGUUUUUCAUUCCAUUGGCAUAAUCCAAUGAUCAAAAUUGUUUUUUCUUAUUACGAGUUACAAGUCUUCCUACUUGUCCCUUCUUCGAUUCUUCUUUCAUAAACGAGAUUAAAUCACAAACAACAUCGUGCUCAAGAGACAGUACCCCUAACACUCUCCCUUUUGCGACCGCUUUUCACUUUGGCUGUAUUUCUCGUUUUCGCAUAUAUUUCUUUUAUUCUUUUUACCAAAUCUUUCUUAAUUCUUUUCCUUUCAUUAUUAUCUACAAUUGUUCCCUAAACACGUUAUUAAAUGCAGAUUUUAAAUGGAUAAAGAUAGCAAAAGCUUCUUCUCUUUUUAGAUAAUUCCUUCUGUCACGUGAUUCAUGCUUUUUUCCUCCCGAAGUCGGCUUGCGCGUCGCCUCUGAUAGAAGGCUCUGGAAUACAAUCCAUUUCUUCAGUCUCUUUGUUUACAAUAACGAAAAUACGAGAUUUGUAGAAAUAUUCUUUCUUAUAUACUUUGCAUAGCAAGUAGAAUUUAUUAGAAUUAUCAAUAAAUUUCUUUUAUCAUGUAAUUUGAUCAAAUUACAUUAUCAUUUUAUUUUGCUUUUACUUUCACAUUUUUGUAUUACAUAACUAUGUAAUUUUUUAUUAAUAGUUCAUGUGUAAUCAAAUUCUACUUAAGAAUUUUACUGAUAAUAGUCAUGAUAAUAAUGUAAAGGUGUUUGUAAAUAUAUGAUUAACAAGAAAGUGUAAUUCAAAUUGCAUUUUUCCAGAAAAUCUGUUUUCUUUAAGAAAAUUGUAUUUUAACCGUUUUAGCGCUACGCGCUGUUCACGUACUGUGGUGAACUGUGUCGCGAUGUUUAGUCACGAUCGUCAAUUCGAAGCGCUAUCGCGCUGCAUGGCACAAUCUGAUACAGAUUCUUAAAAACCCUUGGCACUAAAACGGUUAAUAUGUAAUAUAUCCUUAUUUUGUAUCUAAUGUUUCUCAUUGUAUUGUAUUCAAAUGACAUGUUUAUGUAUCAUAAUAAAUUGACAUGUAUAAAUAAAUUUUAUGUUUGUCAAUAUUUAUUACGCAUUAAAAUACAAAUUCUCUUCCAUUUUCAACGAAAUAUAAAUUUUUAUAUUUAAAUAUAAAUGUUUUAUUUGUUAUUAGAAAGCUGAUUAAAUUAUAGAGUUCAUAAAUAUAAGUAGUUGUUAUGGCGACAAUUUUCCAAACACUUAAGUUCAAGUACAGUGUCUGCACAAAAUUAAAGUACACAUACAAUAUGCAACCACUAAAGAUAAUUGUUAUAGGACCUAUUAGGAGUGGUAAAACAACGAUAUCUAAUUUUCUUGCCGAUGCUACGGAAAUACCCUAUGAUUAUCAUCCAACUAAAGGUGUUCGAAUAUUAGAAUUCGAAGUACAAAACAUAAAUGUGAAUAAUAAGCACAUCGCAAAAGAUGUUGAAUUAUGGGACUGUAGUGGAGAUUAUAAAUUUGAAAGUUGUUGGCCAGCUAUAAGAAAAGAUGUGCAUGGUGUUAUACUUGUAUAUAAUGAAAAAUCAAAUGAAUGUUUGAAAGAAAUUCAACAACUAUAUGAUUAUUUUAUUGAUCAAACAAAAUUAGAUCCAGAUAGAUGUGCAAUUUUCUGUUAUGACCCAGAAAAAAGAAAUCCAGAAAUAUCAAAAAUUAUUUCUUCAACAUUUAUGAAAGUAUCCCAUGUUAAAUGUAAUAUAGAAAGUGGUGGAAGUAAGUUAAAAGCAGAUUUUGCAUCAUUCAUAAGUACAAUACUUAAUAAAAUGCAUCAUUAUACAAAUCAAGGAGAUAAAAAUAUUUUAAAUGAAAACAUAUUGUUUGCAAAAUAAUAUUAUUCAAU